AAAAUAUCUCAUCUUCAUGGUACUAUUAGGAUGGUCGAAAUCACAAAGUAAUGUAAAAUCAAAGUACACAAAAAUUUGAACUUUCCCUCUAAAGAAAACAGCCUAAUUUAAAUAGCGGCGCCGCCGAGAAGCGAAUGAGUGAAAGUUCACUUAUGACAUGAGUUAUGGCCCAAUAUCUGUGGCAAUUGAAUCCUCUUCCUCCCUUUUCACCAAAAUACUCCAUUACACUCAAUCCACUAACCUUCCGAAAGGCCAAUCUCUUCACGCUCAUCUUAUUAAAAUCGGUUCUUCCUCUUCUUGCAUUUACCUAUCCAACAGCAUUGUCAACUUGUACGCCAAAUGCCACCGCUUGUCCGACGCUCAUUUAGCAUUUCAAGAAAUACAGAACAAAGAUGUUGUCUCAUGGAACUGUCUCAUCAAUGGGUAUUCUCAAUCGGGUCGUCGAGAUUCUUCCAUUUCCGUGCUCAAAUUGUUCAAGCAAAUGAGACAGGAAAAUGCGCUCCCAAAUCCGCACACCUUUGCUGGGAUUUUUUCUGCUGUUUCGUCUUUAGGGGAUGCCGGGUUUACUGGGAAGCAAGAACAUUGUCUUGCUUUCAAACUCGGUUAUCUAUCUGAUGUAUUUGUCGGGAGUUCUUUGUUGAAUGUGUAUUGUAAAGCUGGGAGGAAUCAUAUUGUGGAGGCGCGCAAGAUGUUUGAUGAAAUGCCUGAGAGAAAUUCUGUUUCUUGGACUACGAUGAUAUCUGGGUAUGCGUGGCAGAGGCUGGUCAAGGAGGCAGUGGGGGUGUUUAGGGUGAUGUUAUGGGAGCGAGGGGAUGAUGCGAAUGAGUUUGUCUUCACUAGUGUUCUUAGUGCGAUUGCAUUGCCCGAGUUUAUUAAUGUAGGAAAGCAAAUUCAUUGUCUUUCGUUGAAGAAUGGAUAUUUGUGGACUGUUUCUGUUGCUAAUGCUACUGUUACUAUGUAUGCGAAGUGUGGGAGUUUGGAUGAUGCAUGUUCGGCGUUUGAGCUCUCCUCUGAAAAGAAUUCGAUAACCUGGUCUGCGUUAAUUACAGGUUACGCGCAGAAUGGGGAUUGCGAGAAGGCGUUGAAGUUGUUCUCUGAGAUGCAUUACAGUGGGAUGAAUCCGAGUGAGUACACUCUGGUUGGGGUGCUUAAUGCGUGUAGUGAUUUUGAUGCACUUAGAGAAGGAAAACAGGUGCAUGGAUAUCUAUUGAAGUUAGGAUUUGAGCCUCAAAUGUAUAUUCUGACUGCCUUAGUAGACAUGUAUGCUAAAUGUGGUAAUAUAAGUGAUGCCAGAAGUGGUUUUGAUUAUUUGAAAGAACCCGAUAUAGUCUUAUGGACUUCCAUGAUAGCAGGAUAUGUAAAGAAUGGGGAUAACGAAAAUGCUAUGGGUAUGUAUUGUAGAAUGUUGAAGGAGGGUGUUAUACCCAAUGAGUUGACAAUGGCGAGCGUGUUAAAAGCUUGUUCUAGCCUUGCUGCUUUGGAACAGGGGAAGCAGAUUCAUGCUCAUAUAGUGAAGCAUGGGUUUCGUCUUGAAGUUCCAAUUGGAAGUGCUCUGUCAACUAUGUAUGCAAAAUCUGGAAGCCUCCAUGACGGUAAUCUAGUCUUUAGACGGAUGCCUGCUAGGGACUUAGUGUCAUGGAACUCAAUGAUGUCAGGUCUUUCUCAGAAUGGCUGCGGCACUGAUGCCCUUGAACUUUUCGAGGAAAUGCUUCUUGAGGGAACAAAACCAGAUUAUGUUACUUUUGUAAAUAUUCUCUCCGCUUGUAGCCACAUAGGUUUGGUUGAGAGAGGGUGGAGUAUUUUCAAGAUGAUGUCUAAUGAGUUUGGGAUAGAACCUAGGCUAGAGCAUUUUGCGUGUAUGGUAGAUAUGUUUGGUCGUGCUGGAAAACUCUACGAAGCAAAGGAAUUUAUCGUAUCAGCAGCAAGUCAAGUUGACCAUGGUCUGUGUUUGUGGCGUAUCUUGCUAAGUGCUUGCAGGAACUAUAGAAACUAUGAAUUAGGUGCAUACGCUGGAGAGAAGUUAAUAGAAUUGGGUUCACAAGAGUCCUCAGCGUAUGUGCUACUCUCUAGUAUUUAUUCAGCUCUGGGAAGAUUGGAGGAUGUUGAACGCGUGAGAAGAUUGAUGAAUCUCCGUGGAGUAAGCAAAGAGCCUGGAUGUAGCUGGAUUGAGCUGAAGAGUCAGUUUCAUGUAUUUGUUGUUGGAGAUCAGUUGCAUCCACAAAUCAUACAUGUACGCAAAGAGUUAUGGAAGUUAAGUAAGCUAAUGAAAGAUGAGGGAUACAAACCACAUUUUGAUCCUUGCUUAGAGUUGGAGGAGUUAUAGAAUGAUUCCAUAUGCUUUUAUGGAAAUUAUUGUCUUUUUUUUUUUCAACCAUUUGUUAGAAAUGUUCUGUUUAAUCCAAACCUAAUAUUAUAUCUUGAAAUACUGCCUAAUACAGUAGUUGUUCUAUGAAAUUGGAGAUUUUGGUUUUUAUUAAACACAUGUUAUUGGUAGUCAAAAGUCUUUAUGGAAAAAAAGUGAUGCAUUGAGAAACUUUUGUCAACUUCUCUGCAUAGAUUACUUAUUUAUGCGACUUGGAAUGAGUACCAUAAAAAGACUCCAUAUUCAAUGACUAAAACCUUGGAUAAUCAGUAAUUAAAGAAGGCUAGAAUUCUAUUUAGGCUUCAUUUCUUUGUAUAAAUGAGGUUUAAUUUUUUUUUUUUUUUUUUUGUAAAUAUCAUGACUAUUUAUCUUAUAGACUUUGCUUACAAGUCUUAUUUUUUUUUUUCCUCAUUCAAAAUUCAUCUUGCUCUCUCGCUUUUCUCUGAAUAUCAAGCUGACUUUCUACUUCUCCAAGUAUAUUAGACGGCUUAUAUAAUUGUUCUUUUUGAAUGGGUAAGAUUUCAAAACUUUUACAACUACUUUGUAUUAAUUUGGAUAUGUUAGAACUUUUAUGGACCUGCAUAUAUGGAGAAAAAUUGUAUGUUGACUGCUGUAUAUCAGUAAACGACUGACAAAAAUUAAAGUUAUAUUAAGGUUUAAACUUAAUGGGCCUAAAGGAAUCCCUCAUUAAGUAUGGGGUCUUAUGUAUAAAUAUCCGGAUGUAAUUUUUAAAUUAAUUAUGGACUAAAUUAGAAUUACUUAAACCUACUUUUUUAUAAAAAUAAAGUUAUUGUCCCAAAUCAAAAAGUAGGUUUUGUUUAUGAUAGCCAUUGUUAAAAUGAGAGUGGCGGCUCAUGUCUUAAUUUGGAAGAUCGAUAACCACCAAAUGAAGAAUCGCUAUGGCGCUUAUAAACUUAGGAAACUCAAGAUUUGGAAUCGCCAAGUCAAGAACUCCAAUAAUUCAUCUCCAAAGCAUCAAUAGGGAUCCAAGAUUCAAGUUCUAGCAUCUAGUUCAUCCAACAAGGUACGAGUUGCAACACGCAUACCAUAUUCAGACAGUUUGCAGAUUUCAGCCAGCGGAUGAUGAGUCCUCCUACUUAAGGGACUUUAGUUAGAUGUUAUUUAUGUACUUUACUUCCUUACUCUCAUGUAUUGAUUAUUGAUAGUUGGGGUCACAUCCUAGCUAUCUAUAGUCAGUAUAGUAGAAGCUCUACAGAUGUCAGUUAGAGUCAGUUAUGUAUUUUUAGUCCCUCUUUCAGACUUUAUUAGAAUGUAAAAGUUGUAUUGAUAUUGUUUUUAUGUCCAGGUUCAACCAUUAUUCUAUUUCCA